AUGGAGUUUUUGAUACAAGACAGUGAUUGUCGUAAUCGGGUGAGGUCUAUACUGAAGCGUGAGGAACAUAAGAAGUUGGUAAUUAUGCUUAUCGACGCUUGGCAGAAAAGCUUCUUUAAUGAAACAAGCAUGCCAUUCCUUGCAAAACUCAGUUCUCUUGGGAAUGCUAAAAUUUUCGAAGCUAACGUGCAACCGCCGACUGUCACAAUGCCGAGAAUUAAGGCUCUUACUGCUGGUAUUGUCCCCUCUUUCAUCGACGUUUUAUUUAAUUUUGCUUCAGUAGCUGUGACAGAGGAUAAUCUUAUAGAUCGGAUGAAGGCAGCGGGGAAAAGAUUAGUUUUUUGUGGCGAUGAUACUUGGCUUCGACUUUUCCCUGGACGCUUUAAUAGUCACUCUGUUGGUGUGGUAUCAUUCUAUGUCAGUGACUACACAGAGGUCGAUGAUAACGUCACAAGAUGUGCCGUUAAGCAACUCAUACCACGAAAUAUUGGAGAAUGGGAUGUAAUGGUGUUGCAUUAUUUAGGGCUUGACCAUAUAGGGCAUUCCCUUGGUGGGACGCAUGGUCAAAUUGUGAUUAAACUCGCCGAGAUGGACAGGAUGGUUAAAAAAAUAUAUUCGGAUUUGAACAAUUUUUACGGCGACAACUUCCUAAUCGUAGUUCUGGGUGAUCAUGGGAUGACUGGACUAGGUGGACAUGGUGGGUCUUCCUUUAGUGAAACUCACGUCCCUCUUGCGUUUGUUGAUGGCACGCCGGUUGCCGAAAAGGUUGAUCUGGUGCCUACGUUGUCUUUUCUUAACCAUGUAGCUAUUCCACAAGGCAGCUUAGGAGUUUCACUUAUUGGAAGUAUUAUGCACGAUGGUGCGUCAAAAAACUUUAUUACUCUCCUGUCGUUGGGAAUGAAUACUCUUCAUUUUGUGAACCAUUCAAAUGUGGAUGCCGGUAGUUCUUACUUAGGGGAGGGAAGGGUUACAAAAGGAAUUAAAGUUAAAAAGAGGUGGUCCGGCCAACCCAUGAUUGGGCUGUACUUGGAUCUGACAGCACUCCAGCGUAAGCUUUAG